AUGGUUCAGCACCAAAUGGGAUAUAAUUUCAAACCUGGAAAAUACAAGCUCGCUAAGGGAUAUGAUUUAAUAGCAUAUCAUCCAAAUGACAUGACUGAAUUUACUCCGAGAUAUUUGAUGUCAGAGCUAAAUGACAAUUCAACUCCCGUCAUGAAACGCGUAAAAAAUAGAGACGGAACGAAAGAAGAAAGGUUUUUGAGUCCGGAUGACUUAGAAAGGGAACUUGUUGAAAACGGUCUCGGAAUAUAUGAAAUGCCAGCAGAUGAGGUACAAGAAACUCCACAGGAAGAAGUUCAGAUACAACCAGACAUGGAAGAAAUAGUUCAGCAACAACAGCUAGAAGAGCCUGAAGGAAACGAACAAGUCCUUCCUUUGGAAACUAACUUCACAGAACUAGAUGAAGAUUUGGAACAGCCGAAAAAUCUUGACCCUCAACAAGAGCAUGAGGUGAAUAUGGAAUCUUUCCAAGAGUCUAAAAAAAAUUCGGCUGACAUAGUAGAAGAAUAUCGAAAAAUGUUUGCCGACAUACAAAAGACUCCAACACCAGAUGAAAAUAUUCAGCAUAG